GGGAACGAAGUGACGUGUAUAGCAUGUAGGCAGGUCAAAAACUCUUUUAAAAAAAGAAGAAGGAAGCAAUUGGAAAAGUCUGGUCGUGUCGUUCCAAAUUCCAGGCCGCCGAUCUCCCUCUCCGGCUAUUCCAAUGUCGAAGUAUCUCACCUGAAUAUCCCCAUCAGUUUUCCCUGUCUCUAUUGAAAUGGUCUGUAGGGACAAUCGCCCCUGUGAUGAGAUUUACAGCUUAAUCUGGAGUCAAGGUUUUUCGCAAUGCGAAUAGUGUCAAAUGACAGUCUGGUAGUAGAUAGUUCAGAAACAGAGCCCAUCUUAUCUCAGAUUGCUAUUGUUGAGGAAUCUGAGGACACUUCACCUUCAACUGAAAUCACUGCGAGUGAGGAUUGUUUGGAGACUACUGGUGACCUGCAAAGUGUCGGAGUCGACAGAAUUCUAUUUUUGUCACAUGCAGAACUGUCCCAAUGUCGCAUAUGCUUGGACAGUGAAGGAGAAGAUCUGAUUGCACCCUGCCAUUGUAAAGGAACACAAAAGUAUGUCCAUAGAUCAUGUCUUGAUAACUGGAGAUCAACUAAGGAGGGAUUUGCUUUUGCCCACUGCACCGAGUGCAGGGCAAAGUUCAUAUUACGGGCAAAUGUCCCACCUGAUCGCUGGUGGUUGAGGUUAAAAUUCCAAAUCCUUGUGGCAAGAGACCAUGUGUUCAUUUUUCUCAUUGUCCAGUUGAUUGUAGCAUUCUUAGGUAUACUUGUGUACAAAUUCUACGGAGAUGAACUAAGGGAAAUGUUUGGCUACCGAGAGCAUCCAUAUGGCUUUUAUACAAUGGCAGUUUUGGCAAUCAUACUGGUGGGUUUGCUUUAUGGUUUCUUCAUAGCAAUAAUUUGUGGACAGAGAAUUAGUGAACGCCAUUAUCACGUCCUUGCCAAAAAAGAACUCACGAAGGAAUAUGUGGUAGAAGAUCGCGAAAGGUUAACUAAAGAUGUCCCUGAACUUGAUCCUAGCCACGUUACAGAGCUAAGAAUGCUGGGGCUCUAUUGAGAAUCAUGGCGACCUAGCAAGUACCUCACCCUCACUAUAUAUAACUAAUUUUAAGCGGGAGAAUAUGUGCGACUCCUGCCAUGUUAUGGUUGUGCUGCCAAAACUCAAAAGAUAGUGAAGCCGAAAGAGUGUCCUAACCCAGACGGGAUUUUUUGGAGGGGGUGCAGGUCCUCUUUAUAGUUUAUAUAUAUAAACUUCCAAAAUUGGUUUAUUUUGAAAAGUAAUUUAUUGCAGUUUCAAAAAAAAAAAAACUACUUUUGGUAGUUUUGUUUAUGUUUGGCAAAAUUAUUUGAGAAGCGCUUUUAUCGGUAUUAUAGAGAGUCUUAAAUGGUCAUUGAACUUAUAGAAAAAUUCUACUAAAGUAACUUUUGAAUUUUUUUGGACAAGGUCAUCAAACUAUGUCCUUGUUUCCAAUAAAGUAAAUUAACCCAUUUUUAGACAUAAAACCCCUUAACCCAUAUAUAAAUUAUAAAACCCAUUACCUAGGCACAAUUUUUAGACACUCCAAAAUUCUUGUUCAAGUUUUAAUAAUAAAACAGAAAUAUUCAAAUAAUAUUUCAAGCUAUAAGAAUAAAACAAUAUAAUGCUAUAAGCUGAUUUUCUUUGUUAUAUCAACAUCUUUUGAACUAUUUUGAUAUUUUUCUAUUGUUCAAAGUAUCUGAUGUGACAACUUCAACUGCUCUGAAAGGCAAUGAGAGAGAGCUUUUCCUAACUGAUUUUGUUUCUAUCCUGAAAUAUUUCUUGCCCUUGGUAGAAUUUUGGAUGUUUGCUUUUAACAUCUGCGUCAAUAUUUGGUCCUCAGCCUAAAUUUAUAUAGGCUUUGGUGAUCUUAAAUUCU